GCUGAGCUCGUUGCCUGACAUUGGUCUUUUUUUGUCAUUAGCACGUCCGUGGAGGCUGUGAAGACUCUUUUUUCCAUGCCCGGAUACUGGAAGGAAUUUGCCAGCAUCCACUUUCAGCAGGGUUGGGACAUGAUAACCUCCCGCAAUUACUACUCGCACGGUGUUGGCGUGAUUGCAAGAGCCAUGAUCGAGUUUGAGAACCCUCAGCUCCCUGCAGUUUUCAGAGAGGCCGUCACCAUUGUCCAAAGGGAGAAGGAGGAGGAGCAGAGAAAUAUCGCCAUGACUUUCUGCACUGAGUUUCUCCAGAGUCCUUCCAUUCAGACAAUACUGACAAAAUCACAGCUCCAGGCACAGCUCAUGGAAUGGACCCAAGAUAAAAAUCCCAUUGUACGUCAGCUCAGUCUGCGAGGCCUUGGCAGUAUUGUGCUCCAGCCAGAAAAGCCCUGCCACUGAGCCUCCAAGGGGUGCCCCUGUCAUGGGUGGUGAAUCUGCUGUUUGCCCACCUCCCUCCCAGAGCUCCUCUCCGCAAACCUCAGCCUCAGCACCAUGCUCCCAGCCCCUGCUGCUGCCUGGCCUGGGGGAGAGGUGCCUGCCACUGGGCAGAUGACCAGCUGUCUGGAGAACACUGGCCCCCAAAGAGGUGGAGAUCCCCAGGAGGUAAGAGGUGGCUUGGGAACGGCCCGGCUCUCAGGGGCACCGAAGAGCAAAAGAACUGCUGUCUUUUGAAGCAGCACCUCCCUGAAAGGCUCCAGCAGCUGCUCCUCCCCUUCCCCAGACUGGUCUCCAGCCGCCUUCCCUCCCUUUCCCCUCAUCUUCCAGGCCUCGAGGAUUCUGUGCUCUCCAGACAGACAUUGUGUCUAGGACACCAUGGGGCUGCACUGCCCUGCACAGUGUCUCAGGCCCUCUUCUGCACAAGAUGUCUAUGGCGCUGGCCUGGUGGCCUCACUGCACCCGCCAGCCAAGUCACUUAACAUGGGGGAACGGCAGCAGCGUGCAGAUUAGGACUCUGUCGCGUUAUGCUCUGAUCCUGCCUGGCUUUAACCGGGCUUUCCCCCUCCCUGUGUCUCAUUGCCAGGAGAGGGGCAGUGUGCGCGCCGCUGCCAUUUUACUGCUUGGCAACGUGGUGAGCAGCGUGAAGGACCCGGAAAAACCCAACGUGCAGCAGGAAAUAAUCAACUGCUUGCUCCCGCUGCUGCUGCACCUUGAAGACCAGAAUGAGAGCGUGACACUGAGAUGCAAACUGACGCUCUUCCGCUGCGCAGUCUUUCUCAGGUGGGCUCAUUUGAAGACGCUGUUCCGCAGCAUGGCCUGGGAUGGCUCCACACAGCUCCUGAAGUGUGCCUGGAAGUGCUUGAUGCAGAACAACAAGAGCCACAUCCCCAAAUUCCUCUUCCAGGCCUUAGACUACCUGGAAAGCUCACAGACAACAAUCAGACAUUCUGCAGCCCUCUUCAUUGGAAAUACUAUCCACCAUUACUGCGACUUGUUGUCUGAAAGAGUGAAUGAAGAUGGCAUCUCCCGCCUGUAUGAAGCUUUUCAGGAAGUGCCUUUGACAUCUGACAGGACCACAGGGUGCAUCCUCCAUAGAUAUUACAAAUGGUUGCAGAAGCUUGGAAAUCUCGUGUCUGGUUCCGCAUUCGACUAGGGAACCGGGACCGACACAGAAGACCUCUCUGUCCUCCUAGGUACGUCCAACAGCAUCUUUGGAACAGGGACUGAACAGCGAGGUGGAUAUUGGCAGAUGACAAAACAUUAUGUAGGUCAGUGAGGCUUAGAGAAGACU